GCGAGCCAAAACGGAAGGAACUCCCAAAAAUUUACAGCAUCAAGAUCAUACCGAAAUUUUCCGUACUAACGACCGCAGCAACCAAACGUCAAGAUGGUACGAUACGCUGCUACUGAGAUAGAAUCGGCCAAGAGCGCCAGAUCCCGCGGUUCUUACCUCCGUGUUUCUUUCAAGAAUACCCGUGAGACAGCACAAGCUAUCAACGGAUGGAAGCUCCAGCGCGCCGUCAAGUUCCUUGAGAACGUUCAAGAACACAAGGAGGCUGUUGCCAUGAGAAGAUACGCCGGAGGAACUGGACGUGCUGCUCAAGGAAAGCAAUUCGGUGUUACCCGUGCUAGAUGGCCAGUCAAGUCCGCCGAGUUCCUCCUCGGUCUCUUGAAGAACGCUGAGGCCAACGCCGAUACCAAGGGUCUCGAUACCGGAAACUUGAUCGUCAAGCACAUCCAAGUUAACCAAGCACCAAAGCAACGUCGUAGAACUUACCGUGCUCACGGUCGUAUCAACCCAUACAUGUCAAAUCCUUGCCACAUCGAAUUGAUCUUGACCGAAGGAGAGGAAGUUGUUCAAAAGUCCGAGGCCGUUGCUGGACGUGAGACCGCACACUUGUCUUCAAGACAACGUGGUGCUCGUAUCCGUCAAGCUAUCACUGCUGCAUAGAUGUUCUCUUUUUAUGGUUGGCUGGGGUUUGCGCGAAUGGGCAUUGAUAUGAAGGUCAUCAUACAAGGUUAUUUCAAAAAAUGGAUGGCUUGUACAGGUGACUUAUUGCUGCACUAUAAAUGAACCAUUAAAUGAAAUACUUGCAGAAAAUUUAAUUGCCUCUUGACGAAUUUUUCUGACUCUUGCCACGGGUGCUUGUGAUAUAUUUGCACUUGUUCUCGAGCACUGCCAAGUCAGGCACAAUCUUAUGGGAGUCGGAGAAACCUCAAGCUCCAGGUCAGAUCAGACGCUAUCCACUACAUGCAAAUCUCAAUUCUCUUUCACGAGACGUGGGCCUAGAUCAUUCUAAAACGGUUGACAACUAAUCGUUCAUCAACAGAGCGGCAGUUGGCUUUUAGCAAUAGCCAAAGUAGAUCUCGGCAUCGACAGCAUCUGCAUCCCAGCUCUCCAUGCCUAGAUACCCAAGCUUAGACCAUAUCUACUUGCAGCCCGACCCGUCUCACAUCCUCAAUACACACGUCCAGCUCCUAUCGCUAGAAUCGAACACAGCAACCAACCUUUCAAUACCUGCAAUACGAUCUGCAUUCUGGAUUCUGGAUUCCUCGCUAUCAGCUUUACCCAUGCAUGUCCAACCCCCGUUUACGCCCCAUCAAAUAUAGCUUAGUAUCUUUCAAUACAGCAUAGCAAGUCCACACUGUAUAGUGCCCA